GCGCCGCUCCGGAGGCUGAAGCGCCUGGCUUCCGCGCGGCCGGCGGGUGCGGUGGGAUCCCCGCGGCCCGGCCCACUUAAACGUCCCCGUGCGGAGGGGUCGCCAAGACCACCUGGAGCGCGUGAGGUGUAAGGGCCCGCGCGGCCGGCGCUUGUGUCUGUCAGGAAAAAGCCUCUUUUAUUUUUAAAGGCCAACCGAUUUGAAUCGGCUUAUUCCCGGGAGGUAUUGUUGCUGGGCCCAGAAAGGCCACCACGCAUGCAUGCGUUCUUUUAUUCCGUAUGGUUCUCUUUUGGCCAGCAAAUGUGUUCUUCUGUGCCACUUUUUAGACAUUCAUAUGUAGCAGAGACGUGUUUUAUAUCCCUUUAAAACAACUGACACUUUUAUGUACCGUUCGGGCCCCUGCUCUACGAUUAGCAUCCAUUCUACCUACCGACAUUUUAACCUGUAAAUGAGGAAGAAGAAAAAAAUGUCUCAAAAGCAGAUGAAGGAAGCUUUUGUCAGUAAUCACAAUGGAACGAGCGUGCUUGAAGUAACCGAGGGCUUGUGCUUGCCUGCACUCUGUAUCCUGGGCAGAGGGCUUCUGAUCAUUCUCUCACAGCACUUACGUUCUUCACAUACCUGGAGAACUCCAUUCUUCAUUGACUUUGCUUUCAUAAUAGUUCCCGUGGUGACCACUUUGACCAUUUUCUCUUCAUUUGUCCUCCUUGAGUACCUGGCUGUAAUCAUCUUUGGGGCAGGGCUGUUCUAUCAAAUAUACUGCAGGAGAACUUGCUAUGCCAGAAUGCCCAUCAAGAAAAUCCAUGAGAAAUUCUUGAAAGUCAGUCUAGAAUCAGAACACAUUCCAGCCAUCUCCUGUUUCCGUGUAAUUAACAGUGCAUUUACUGCUGUUGCCAUUUUGGCUGUGGACUUCCCACUUUUUCCUAGAAGAUUUGCCAAAACCGAGCUCUAUGGGACAGGAGCAAUGGAUUUUGGAGUAGGAGGCUUUGUUUUUGGGACUGCAAUGGUUUGUCCAGAGGUUAGGAGGAAAUAUACAAAAGGGUCCAGAUUUUACUAUCUUAUAAGGUCAUUGUACUCUGUUUGGCCAUUAGUCUUCCUAGGAAUGGGACGAUUGGUCAUUAUAAAAUCCAUAGACUAUCAGGAACAUUUAACUGAGUAUGGAGUUCACUGGAACUUUUUCUUUACCCUAAUAUUUGUGAAAUUGAUAACAUCACUGCUCUUGAUUAUUUUCCCCCUAAAUAAAUCCUGGAUUGUGGCCGUCAGCAUUACUGUAUUAUACCAGCUAGCCCUUGACUUUACUCCCCUGAAAAGGUUGAUUUUGUAUGGCACUGAUGGCAGUGGCACAAGGGUUGGUUUAUUAAAUGCGAACCGAGAAGGAAUAAUCUCUACGUUGGGGUACGUGGCGAUACACAUGGCUGGUGUUCAAACAGGGUCAUAUGUGCUUAAAAAAAGAUCACAUAUCAAAGACUGGAUAAAAGCAGCAUAUCGUAUUCUACUGACAGCUAUUGUCCUCUUCAUCUUUCUUUACAUCAUUCAGGUAAAUGUGGAAGUGGCGUCCCGAAGAAUGGCCAAUUUAGCCUUUUGUAUUUGGAUAGUUGCUUCUUGCCUGAUCCUUCUUAGCAGUUUAUUACUGGGUGAUAUAAUUUUGAGUUUUGCCAAAUUUCUAGUUAAAGGUGCAGCAGUACCAUGUUCUUGGAAACUUACCCAGUCACCUGCUACAGAUAAAAAGCAUUCAGAAUCUCUAGUCUCUGAACCUGAAGGAAAGAAACCCACUCUUUGUUUAAUCACAGCAAUGAACAGAAACCAGCUGAUUUUUUUCUUGCUGUCAAAUGUAACAACUGGCCUAAUCAACCUGUCUGUAGAUACGUUACACAGCAGUAACUUGUGGGCCUUUUUUGUGCUCAAUCUCUAUAUGUUUACCAACUGCUUAAUUAUAUAUGUGCUACACUUGCAAGAUAAGACUAUAAAAUAUUGGUGAUCAAUAGGGGUUGGAUAUGUUUUGAGCAAUAUUAUUUUAAUGAGGAAGAAUAAAUAUAAAAUAUGAAGAAAAUGGGCGUUUGGCAAUGAAAUGUUAACUUAUUGUAUUAUAAACGUUUCAUUCCUACUCUAACAGUUGUGAUGCUUAAUAUUUUAAAUGAAUCUCAACACUAUAUGAAACAAAUCCAUAAAGAAACAAAGCCUCGUGACUUGUUAGAAUAUUUAUAAAUUUCAGUAUUUUAAAGAAACUUGUGUUUACAUUUGUGCCACUGGAAGAUUGGAGGGUAGACAGGAUUUUUACUUUGUCUUAUGUCACCUAUUACCAUUCUGUAUUUUUUAAUGUAUUUUAUAGUAUUUACAGUAAAAUACCUCAGCUUUGGGAUUGUCAACACUACUGCUCAAUUUUAAUCUUUUAAAAAAACCCUCAGUAUAAGAAAGCACAUGUUUAAAAUCAAAUACUUAUAAAGUCAGAAAACAGUUAAAUGCUCCAAAGAAUAGACUGAAUUGUAUGUUGUGGCUUACACACUAAUUAUGAGACUUUUUUUUUGCCUUGAGACUAAAUAAUUCAUUUUUUUAGCCUACUCUCUGCUAGGGAUGAUAUGCAAAAGUUUCCUGAUGUCUUGCAGCUUGCAGUCUAAUGGGGAAAACACAUUAAACAACUGUUAUAAACUACGUUAAGUCGUGAAGCAUAGGUUGCCAAGAGUCAAAUCAAGAACUAACUUUACAGAAGAGUCAAGAAAGUUUUCCCCACAGAUGGCUUUUUUGGGGGGAGGGGGGAUGGAGCUGGAUGGGAUGAGGAGUUUUGGUGGCUGGGGGAAAAGAGAAACAGUGAGAAUGUCAUCAAGUACUUAGUCUAACUUAAUAAAACUAUGGCUACGUUAAGGUUUGACAUCCUACUGAGAACUUGAGUCAUUUAAAAACUAAGCAGAACUUUGAACCUGCUGUUCAAAAUCUAAGAUUUAAAAAACUUACAAAUUCUUAGUUUCCAAUUCUAAUGUUCCUUGUAUACUGUUUAAAACGGGCAGAAAAAAUUAAAAUCUGCCUAUUCUAUUUUCAAGUAAAAAUCUGAUUAUUGCAGAAAUAGGCAGGGGUCAGUGUUCAGGUUAAUUUCAUAUUUGGUAAACAAUCUGGAUUAUCUGUGUCAUGUAGGAGGACCUCCUCUAACAGUCAAUUAUAAAUUUGCUGUUAGUUUUAAGUAGUUGCCCCAAAUUAGUUCAAAAUUUGUUUUAUUCCCUGAUUUGUUAAACAUGACUAUUAUACUAAUUAGUUUACUUUAACUUGUUACAUAGAUGAUGGCUAAUUUAGUAUUUAUGUGGCAUUUUAUCCUUACUAACUACAAUCAAUUAUAUUUGGAGGUAAUCUAUUAUUGAAAGGAAAUUCCCCCUAAAAAGAGUAUGCUGAAUAGUUAUAUAACUAUAAAAACAAAAAUCAGAUUAGACUUUAUUUUCAAUUAAAAAGAUGUUCGAAAUUUAAUAAGAUUACAGUAUGUAAAUUAAGCAUGACUAGGAAAUGUGAUUGGUUUUCCUGCUUACUAUGCCCCAGUGCUAAUAGCCCACAACUUACCUGUUCAAAGCAUUAAUAGGAGCGCUGAGAGGCUCUAGCCAUACUGUUCUCAUUAAAGAGAAAAGAAAGUAAUAUGAAGUAUUUGAUGAUUUAAUGAGCAUUUUUUCUAAUUGGUCUAUUGCUUCUUGUCUGAGGUCUUAGGUACCUUUCAGUAAGUUUAUG